CACGAAAUCACACUGCUGCCAUCCAACAAGUAUGCCAACAAUACAAAAUUGCGCAUGCGCAGAGCACUUGGUCUAACUUGGCCACGUCUGAACAUCUUACGAGGGUUGCUGUCAACGUUGGGGAACUAAUUAGAGAAACAAAUACUUGCGAAUAGAGAAGGUUUCUCGCAAUCAUGCCUCUUCGUUUAGAUAUUAAACGGAAAUUAACUGCUCGUUCAGACAGAGUUAAAUGUGUGGACUUGCAUCCAACUGAACCAUGGAUGCUUGCAUCACUAUACAAUGGAAAUGUUCAUGUAUGGAACCACGAAAGUCAACAACUUGUUAAAUCUUUUGAGGUUUGUGAUUUACCUGUCCGUGCUGCAAAGUUUGUGCCUCGAAAGAAUUGGAUUGUAACUGGUUCAGAUGAUAUGCAAGUGCGUGUUUUUAACUACAACACUUUAGAAAGAGCUCAUGCAUUUGAAGCCCACUCUGAUUAUGUUCGCUGUAUUGCUGUUCAUCCUACUCAACCAUAUAUAUUGACUAGCAGUGAUGAUAUGUUGAUUAAGUUGUGGAACUGGGAAAAGCAAUGGUCUUGUCAGCAAGUAUUUGAAGGCCAUACUCAUUAUGUUAUGCAGAUUGUUAUAAAUCCUAAAGACAAUAAUACAUUUGCUAGUGCUUCUCUGGAUCGUACUGUCAAGGUGUGGCAGUUGGGCUCAUCUACUCCUAAUUUUACCCUGGAAGGUCAUGAGAAAGGUGUUAAUUGUGUGGAUUAUUAUCACGGUGGAGACAAACCAUAUCUUAUCUCAGGAGCUGAUGACCGCCUUGUGAAAAUUUGGGAUUACCAGAAUAAAACAUGUGUCCAAACUUUGGAAGGACAUGCACAAAAUAUUUCAGCUGUGUGUUUUCAUCCUGAGCUGCCUAUUGUCCUUACUGGUUCAGAAGAUGGUACUGUUCGUAUUUGGCAUGCUGGCACAUACAGACUAGAAUCUUCAUUGAAUUAUGGCUUGGAGAGAGUGUGGACAAUUGCCUGUAUGCGCGGAUCAAACAAUGUUUCCCUUGGUUACGAUGAAGGAAGCAUUAUGGUCAAAGUUGGUAGAGAAGAACCAGCUGUAUCAAUGGACGUCAAUGGUGGAAAAAUUAUUUGGGCAAAACAUUCCGAGGUUCAACAAGCCAAUCUCAAAGCCAUGGGAGAAGGAGCUGAAAUUAAAGAUGGAGAAAGACUUCCAUUGGCUGUCAAAGACAUGGGGAGCUGCGAUAUUUAUCCUCAGACAAUUGCUCACAAUCCAAAUGGUCGCUUUGUUGUUGUUUGUGGUGAUGGGGAAUACAUCAUUUAUACUGCCAUGGCAUUACGUAAUAAGGCUUAUGGAUCUGCCCAAGAGUUUGUUUGGGCUCAAGAUUCAUCAGAGUAUGCCACAAGAGAAGGAAGCUCAACUGUAAAAGUAUUUAAGAACUUCAAAGAAAAAAAAGCAUUUAAACCGGAGUUUGGAGCAGAAGGAAUAUUUGGUGGUUUCAUGCUGGGAGUACGCUCUGUUACUGGUUUGGCUUUUUAUGACUGGGAAACUUUGGAUCUUGUUCGACGUAUUGAAAUUCAACCCCGUCAUGUAUUUUGGUCAGAAAGUGGGGAACUUGUCUGUUUAGCUACUGAGGAUAGUUAUUUCAUUCUCAGAUAUGAUGCUAAUGUAGUAGCAAAAGCAAACGAGACUAAAACAGGAGUAUCAGAAGAUGGUGUUGAAGAUGCCUUUGAGUUUCUUGGUGAAGUACAUGAAACUGUACGCACUGGCUUAUGGGUUGGAGACUGUUUUAUCUACACAAAUGGUGUAAACAGGAUCAAUUACUAUGUGGGUGGUGAAAUUGUAACUGUGUCUCAUUUGGAUCGCACAAUGUAUUUGCUUGGAUACGUCCCUGGAAACAACCGUUUGUAUUUAGGAGAUAAGGAAUUGAACAUAGUGUCAUACUCCUUGUUACUAUCAGUUUUGGAAUAUCAAACAGCUGUAAUGAGGGCAGAUUUUGAGACUGCUGACAGAGUAUUGCCUACAAUUCCCAAGAGUCAACGAACAAGAGUAGCUCACUUUUUAGAAAAACAGGGCUUCAAACAACAAGCACUGGCAGUAUCCACAGAUCCUGAGCAUAGGUUUGAGUUAGCUCUACAACUGGGUGAGUUGGAAAUUGCUCACACUCUUGCCAAUGAGGCUGCAUCUCAACAAAAGUGGAGGCAACUUGCUGAAUUAGCUACUUCAAAAGGGCAGUUGGAAUUAGCACAGGAAUGUUUGCAUCAUGCACAAGACUAUGGUGGCCUCUUGCUUCUUGCAACAUCCUCUGGCAAUGCCAAAAUGGUGAAGAAGUUAGCUGAAACUUGUGAUGGAACUGGAAAGAACAAUGUUGCUUUUCUGUCACACUUCAUUUUGGGAGAUGUUGAAAAAUGUCUUGACAUACUUGUAGCCACUGACAGGCUUCCAGAAGCUGCUUUCUUUGCCAGAACUUAUUUGCCAAGUAAAAUCUCCUAUGUUGUGGGGCUUUGGCGUGAGGCGCUCUCGAAAGUCAGUGAGAAGGCUGGCCAAUCACUUGCUGACCCAAAGGAUUAUGAAAAUUUGUUCCCUGGCCUAAUAGAUGCAUUAAAAACAGAACAGUAUCUGAAGGCAGAGCGAAGCAAAGUUAUUCCUGCUCAUAUGUAUACACAAAUUCCAAUGAACCAUGAAAGGAAUCCUAUAGAGGAAAUGAAGGCAGCAGAAGCUGCUGGAAAAUUCCAUUACGUUCCAGAGUUUGUUAAAGAUGAAGAUGAAGACGAUGAAGAUGACCUUACUGAAAAGUUUGAGGAACCGGAAGGAUCAAAUUUACCUCCUGUUAUACUGCAGCCAACUUUGGUAAUUCCUACUCAAGCUCCUCCCAGUGCAGCUACACCACCUGCUCCUGAAAAGGAGGCCUCUUCAAAGUCCCCUCUCUCACUAGAUGCUGAUAUUGCUGCUCUAGAAGAAGAGUUGGAGCUGGACAUUGAUAAUUUAAAUAUUGAUGAUAAGAUCGACCAUUUGGUACGUUGACAAAUAAAGCUGUGUGUGAUCAUGCUUUGCUUUUCAUGCUCUCUUAUUGCUUCUCAUUUUUGUCUUCCAUCUUGUGAAAAUUAAAUAUUAUUUAUUUCUUGAGCUUAAAUAUUUUAUUUGCAUUGACACUUGCAUUCAUCAUUUGGGUAUUAGAAUCAAAAGAAUAUUGUCCGAUUCAGAAAAUUGAUAGUACAUUUGUCCCAUGCUGGUGGAUUGAUUCUAAGUGAAGUAGAGAACUUCUACUCCCCCUCUUGAUACUUGUAUGUCAAAUCUCUAAACUCUGUGUCCCGGUGAUACUGUGCUUCAUUUUUCUCAAAGAUAGUGAUAAAGAGAUCAAUCUAUACAUUCAUUGACUUGUCAUCUUCAGUAUUUUAGUCUCGUCAAGUAAAAAAGUAAUCAGCAAAUGCAGACAUAUAUGGUUAUUAUUGAACGUUAACUUCCACUCUUCUUUUAAGAUAAUUUUUGUGUGAAAUAUUUGUUAAAUUGGUGCAUGUUAAAAUGUUUCUGGAAGUCCUAAGGUUCCCGCAUAUUUUAGUUUUGCUGAGAGUCCUUUCAGUUUGGUAUGUUCAAAAGUUCACAAAAUCUGAGAUAGAUCCGCUUAUUAAAUAAAAUAAUCCCUUGUAUUUUCUAAAAUCAAUUUAAUCAGAAAGGGAAGGGAAAUGGAAAUAGGUAUGUCCUCUGGAACGAGCAGCAGCUAAAGAAGUUAUGAAAUGUUGCUACCAUGUAUGUGUGCCGCUUUUGUACCCCUAAAUGUUCUCCUGCAUUUCAUUCAUUCCCAUUCUCUAAAAUAUUUCAGCCCCUCUGGAAGCUUUUAUUUGCUAGUUAGCCACACAUGAAUUAUCCUUGUUGGAAUCAUGAAUCUGGAUUGAGAUGUUACAGGAAAUCCCCCCAUUCAAAAAUAAUAAUACGUUCAACAUGGUAAUAACUUAGAAGAAAGCAAGGCAAUAAAGUUUUCUUUUCUUUUAAUUUGAUUUUAAUUAUUAAAAUUUUAAAAAUGCAACGGCAAGUAAUGGCUCAUUGUUGUGGUGGUAGUAUAUUUGAUUACCAUGAGGCAUACUUUAUUAAACUGCAACAAAAUACAACUUGCAAAUUAAAUGAAGAAGUGGGAAUAUCACAUGAAGAAGAAAUCAGACUUUUUAACCGAUAAUAUUAUAUAAAAAUUACUAUAUCAUAGACCUUGUAAAUUAAAGAGUUCUGAAAUGAUGACAAAAAUGUUACCAAUUGAAGGUUAUCCCCAGGUAUAUCUGGAGUUACAAAAGAGGAACCCUCUACAAUAAUGAAUUCAAAAGUAGUACAUGUAAGAAUGCAGACUUGUUUAGCAUAUGGAGUUGAACCUCUGAGAAUGAUUUCAGAAAUCUGGGUAAGAAAGGAAAAUCUCCCUUAAAAGGUGCUGAAAGAUGAAUAUGAAAUAGUAUUUCUUAUUAUGAAGUUUUGACAAAAUCAUAUAUUGCUACCUUCUUCAUAAUUUAACUUAUUAUAGUAUAAGAGCUAGGAUAGGGCUUCCUGAGAUUUAUGAUUGCACUUUCUACCACACUUCGCUCAGUUUUCAACUGGUGGUGGUGUUGUUUUUAGUUAAAUAAAUAAUAGAUAAACAUGUCCUUUUUGUGAAGUAGGACUGUGUAAAUCUCCAAAUUUACUGGUAACCGAUAUAAUGUGUGAUGGACUGAAACUCACUUCCAGAGGGAGUCAAGACAUGCAAAACUAGUGGUGCAUGUCUUUAUCCCUCCAAAUUUUAAAAUCUUGAAUCACAAGAUAGUAACUCAAAACCACUAAUAUAUUUAAUGUUAUUUUAAUUUUUAGUUCUGCAACUGUUGUGUUAGGACUUUUUUGUUUUAUGUUGGUUCCUCCAUAUUGCCUAGAACUUUUCUCUCUGCUGGUAAAUUGAAAUCCUUCAAGCCUUCUGACUUUACUGACAAGUGUCAGCAAUAUGAGUGCGAGGAAAGGGACAUACUAAUAACAUUCUUGUAUUAAGCAACUUAAAUUAACCUCAUUAGCAUACUAGAGAAACGUAUUGGAAAUUGCAUGGAGCAAGAUUCUGCCCCAAAGACAAAUAAAAUAUUCCCGACAAAACGGAAUGAACACUUCUAGGCUGUCCGGGUGAUGCCGCGGAAGCCUACGUGUACAAAACGUAAUGAAGU